ACAAACACUGAAGUAGCCGGGAGCAGACGCUGACAGCGGUAGUGUCUCCUACCCAGCAAGGAGCUGCUCAGGGUCGGCCUGGCGUUGCCCCCUCCGGGAUCGCCUGGCCCCUUUCCGGGCACAUUCCCCGUCUUUGCACCCCACUUUUUUCGUCUUCCAUAAGUUGUUGCAGAAAUCCUUUGGGAGCGUUUUCUACUUGAAGCCACCUGGUCUGCCCAAGCCCUGAGUCCCCGGGGCAUGUCGCCUGCACGGGACCUGGGAGUUUGAGCAAUUGCAGCCGCGAGAUCGUUUAUGGAGCUUGGGGCGGGGGCCGAGCCCGCGACUGUGCCCGGUGCCCGCCGCCUAGGCCAUGCUGCUCCAUCGGCGUGCGGAGCGGCGGCGGCCGGGCCUCCAGGACUAAGCCGGGAGCCGCGGGAGGAGGAGGCGCCGGCGGUGCAGCGGGACCAGGAGCCGCGGCGGCGGCAGACCCAGUACUAUGGCUGUGUACUGCUAUGCCCUCAAUAGCCUGGUGAUCAUGAACAGCACCAACGAGGUGAAGAGUGGCGGCCCCCGGCCCAGCGGCAGCGAGACACCUCAGCCCUCCGGGAGGGCCGCACUGAGCCCCGGCAGCGUCUUCAGCCCUGGGAGAGGCGCCUCUUUCCUCUUCCCCCCAGCGGAGUCACUGUCGCUGGAGGAGCCCCCGAGCCCUGGGGGUUGGCGCAGCGGCCGGCGCCGGCUGAAUAGUAGCAGCGGCAGCGGUGGCGGCGGCGGCAGCAGCAGCAGCAGCAGCAGCAGCAGCGGCGGCGGCGGCAGCAGUGGCGUGGGCAGUCCGAGUUGGGCUGGCCGCCUGCGAGGGGACGCGCAGCAGGUGGUGGCGGCCCGCACCCUCUCCCCACCCGGGCCGGAGGAGGCCCAGAGGAAGCUGCGGAUUCUGCAGCGCGAAUUGCAAAAUGUGCAGGUGAACCAGAAAGUGGGCAUGUUCGAGGCGCAAAUCCAGGCACAGAGCUCUGCCAUCCAAGCGCCCCGAAGCCCGCGUUUGGGAAGGGAUCGUUCGCCCUCCCCGUGUCCCUUCCGAAGCAGCAGCCAGCCCCCUGGAAGGGUCUUGGCCCCGUGCUCCCCGAGUGUGGAACGGAGGACAAAGUCCUGGGGAGAGCAAUGUACAGAGACCCCAGACGCCAACUCCGGGAGGAGAAGCAGGCUCAGCCCACACCCCUCGAAGGACAAGGAGGGAGUGGCCCCUCUUUUAGGCCCCUCCAGCCCGACCAGGUUAGGGACUCAGAGUCCAUCUGCUUCAGUGAGGAUGGAGAGUGGCACCCCGGCCAGUCUCCGCUGUGGCUCACCUACAGCCAUGGGAAUUGACAAGAGGGUUGCUCCCUCAUCGGAGCACUUUGGAACUAGCUUAGCAUUGGCCACUAAAGUGGCAGCUUCAGCCGCAUCCGCUGGACCACACCCUGGACAUGAUUCUGCUCUUAUGGAGGCAGCCUGCGAGCUCGGGGGCGUGUGCCCCUGGGAGGCCCAGAUGGAGAGACCGGGGCAGUUUCUGGGUAGGGAGACAGACUCAGCCCCAGAGCCUGGCGGGACCCACAUUAGAGAACCCCCUGGGAGGGUGGGGAGAGGAAUUCAUCCUAUUGGUAGGCAGGGUUCCUGGACACCUGAAGUCACCAAAACGCCAGAAGAGAGGACUGUGAAUGCCCAAAGCUCAGAGGCCUCAGACGACCCGAGAUCGUCUAGACUGCCAGGAGACCUGGGCUCUCUAGGACUUGAGGAGACAGGAAGUAGGAUCCCAGGGAUCCGAGGACCCGAGCAGACCCUGGACAUUGUGAGAGAAGGGUCUCCAGCACUGGGAUUGCUUGGGGGCAGCCAGGCAGCACAUCCAGGGACCAGAAAUGUGGAGGCAGGAACCCUUUGUGGCAGAAUGCUGGAGCCUUUACCACCUGGGGAAGUGGCCACAGAUUUGAAAGAACCCCAGUGCCUCCCUGGGGGCAGGAUGGGUAUGCAGCCUGGGAGUUCCAGGGUUUGGCUGAGUGCCAUGGAGGAAGGUCCCCUGAUCUGGACGCGUGACACGGGGGUACAGUUGAUGGAAACGUGGGGAAGCCAGCUGCAGGACAGAGAUGCUCACCCUAGCUGCCCAGAGAUGCCCCCAGACCAGAAGGACAAGGCCUACAGCCCCAGCAGCAUCCCGGCAGUCAUCAUCACAGACAUGGGUGCUCAGGAGGAUGGGGCCUUAGAGGAGAUACAAGGAAGCCCUCGGGGUCCCCUGCCUCUGAGGAAGCUGUCAUCCUCCUCCGCCUCCUCCACUGGCUUCUCCUCUUCCUAUGAGGACUCAGAGGAGGACAUCUCCAGUGACCCUGAGCGGACGCUGGACCCUAACUCAGCCUUUUUGCAUACCCUGGACCAGCAGAAGCCCAGAGUGAGCAAGUCAUGGAGGAAGAUAAAGAACAUGGUGCAGUGGUCCCCCUUUGUCAUGUCCUUCAAGAAGAAGUACCCCUGGAUCCAGCUGGCAGGACAUGCAGGGAGCUUCAAGGCAGCUGCCAAUGGCCGCAUCCUAAAGAAGCACUGUGAAUCUGAGCAGCGCUGCCUGGACCGGCUGAUGGCUGAUGUGCUGAGACCCUUCGUGCCAGCCUACCAUGGGGACGUGGUGAAGGAUGGGGAACGCUACAACCAGAUGGAUGACCUGCUGGCUGACUUCGAUUCGCCCUGCGUGAUGGACUGCAAGAUGGGCAUCAGGACAUACCUGGAGGAAGAACUCACCAAGGCCCGGAAGAAGCCCAGCUUGCGGAAGGACAUGUACCAGAAGAUGGUUGAGGUGGACCCCGAGGCCCCCACCGAGGAGGAGAAAGCCCAGCGUGCUGUGACCAAGCCGCGUUACAUGCAGUGGCGAGAAACUAUCAGUUCCACGGCUACCCUGGGCUUCAGGAUCGAGGGCAUUAAGAAGGAAGACGGCUCUGUGAACCGUGACUUCAAGAAGACCAAAACAAGAGAGCAGGUCACUGAGGCCUUCAGAGAAUUCACUAAAGGAAACCAGAACAUCCUGAUCGCCUACCGGGACCGGCUGAAGGCCAUUCGAGAAACCCUGCAAGUCUCUCCGUUCUUCAAGUGCCAUGAGGUCAUUGGCAGCUCACUCCUCUUCAUCCAUGACAAGAAGGAGCAAGCCAAGGUGUGGAUGAUCGACUUUGGGAAAACCACACCCCUCCCGGAAGGCCAGACCCUCCAACAUGACAUCCCCUGGCAGGAGGGAAACCGGGAGGAUGGCUACCUCUCAGGGCUGAACAACCUCAUUGACAUCCUGACAGAAAUGUCCCAGGGUAGCCCACUCACCUGAGGCCCCCACCACCUUGCCUACCCAUGCUGCCUUGCCUGCUGCCUCUGCCUCUCCCGUCUCCCUGAUUCCUCCUUCAUUCCUCUCUGAGCGCCCACCUAGAACAGAGCCUCCCAUCUGCACUACAGGACACUUUGGAGAAGAAAAGAGAUUUUCUAGGUCUUUUUUUUUUUUUUUUCCUUCCCACACAAGGGCCUGGAGGUGGCGUUUCUAAUUCUCUCUAAAUAGAACUACCUUCUGGAAGAGAAUUACCCAAAGCUAGGCCCCACAUCCUGUGCAGUCCGUUGUACUUAGAGCUGGCGUGGGUCUAAGAGGCCAUGGGCUCUCUGGCUGCUGAGGUCUUGAGAGAUUGAGCCUCCCUCUGGAAGACCCCUUCGAUAAGUUCAGGCCCAGACUGGCUACCUGUGGAGUCCUUCUGCCCCCUGGUGGCUGGUGCCAUCAGUAUACACAGCCCCAUGGGUGCCUCCCACCAUGGGUCCCCUGAAGCCAGGCCAGGGUCCUGAUUUCUGGGAGUAAGGGAACACAACCUCUGGAGAUCUGCAUGUGACUUAUGAGCAAAGAAUCCUCCAGUGAGGGGUCCCAGCUUCCAGGAACACUGUGUGGCUUUUCUAGAGUUUCUAGAGCUAAAUCAGGACCCCACCUCGCUUGCAUUAAGCUCUUGGGGUUCAGGCCAGGCUAGGAGCCGGGAGUAUGGGGAGCAGCUUGACUGUUUCUAAAGAACUUUGCUCUUCCGUCUGGGACCACUGCCCGUGAAUUCAGAGGGGUCGUUCUGCAAAGCUGAGCUCCAGGGAUGACACCACCUCCUAGAGCCACUGCUUAAUGCUCUAGAUCGGCCCUGCUACGGAAAAGUCCAGACCUGGGUAGAAUACUCAAGGCCCACACCCGCCUCCAGGGAUCGGCAACAGCUUGGGAGCCUGCCACACCUAGGAGCAGAGACUACUCUCAUACCUUCAAAUCCCUGGUAGUCAGGCACCCCUACCUCCAGACCCCAAGUCCCUCCAUGGGGGAACCUCUAACAAUCUGGGCUGUACCAGGCCUUAGGGAAACAGGAUCUGGGCUUCCUGCAGUGAUUUCUAAAUUUCCCUUGAAGUCCCUUGCUCUUCCAACUUGAAGGGCUUAGACCAAUGUUUCUCUGUGUCAUGUAGGUAGUUUCCAGAGUUCAUAGGGGUGCCCAGGGCUGUCCCAAGCCUUCUCCUUCCUGGAGUCCUGAGCUGCUUGAAGGGCCAUGGGGGGCGUGAGGUGGGACCAUUGUUAAUCAACACGUCAACUGUGAGGCAAGUG